UUCCUAUAUUAAAGCUUUUAUCAAUGGAUUCAACACUUAAUCCGGGCGAGCUAUCCUCUCCUCCAUUUCUAACUCCAUUUUUGAGUUCAAAUUUUUUUCUUAAUCUCUAAGUUAUCAACAUUUUGAUUAACUGAUUGACGAUCAACGGAGCCUUCACUGCCUUUGUCGAUGGGAUCCCUUUUUCUUUUAUUUGCAGAUAAGGGGUGAGAUUUAGAUUAAGAGAGAAACAAAAGAAUAUAUAAAUGAUGUUGCAGAAAGUUGCGAGCAAUGCGUAUUCAUGGUGGUGGGCUAGCCACAUCAGAACUAAGCAAUCAAAAUGGCUGGAACAGAAUCUUCAUGAUGUGGAGGAGAAAGUCUCUAACAUGCUUGAAAUCAUUGAUGAUGAUGGAGAUUCCUUUGCACAAAGAGCAAAUAUGUAUUAUAGAAAGAGACCUGAGCUUUUAGCCAUUGUUGAAGACACUUAUCGAGCUUAUCGAGCAUUAGCUGAGAGAUUUGAUUACUUAUCAAGGGAUCUACAAAGUGCCAACCGCACCAUUGCCACUGUGUUCCCUGAUCAAGUUCCAUAUUCCCUUCAUGAUGAAGAUGACGAAAAUAGUUGCCUUGUAUUGACUUCUUCAAGCCUCAAUAAAUCGAAGUCGUUGAAACCGGGAUCAAGAGUUCCUUCGCCAAAGACAGAUUUCCGGAGCCAGUCGAUGUUGUUGUUGCGAAAGGGACAGUUAAAGAAGGCUUUUAGUUCAGCUCAAGCUGCUUCGUCUCUGAAUUCGGGGUUGAGCAAAGAGGAGGCAUUGGAAGAAAUAAACAAGCUUCAAAAGGAGAUUCUAGAAAUGCAAACCGAAAGGGAGCUUGUGAAGAACUCGUAUGAGCAAGGGUAUAAAAAGUUGUGCGAGAUUGAAAACGACAUAACCGAAAAGCAAAAGAGGAUAUACAGUUUGCAGGAUGAGUACGAUAUUAGAUCUGCCAUCGAUGAUAAUGAAGCUCGGAUUUUGAUGGCGAAUCGAGUUCUUAAAACGUGCCAAGAGUCUUUGGUUAAGUUGCAAGAAACACAUGAGCAAUCAACUGAAGAAGGAAGAGUUGAAUCCAAGAGGAUUAAGAAAGUGAAUGAGGCGUUUGAAGCUCUUAGGAAGAAGUUUAAUUCCCCACAAACAGAUCAGCAGAAGCAAAAGAAGGCGAGUUCAGCUAGGGAUGUUGAUAACAUGGUUUACGAAUUCAACAGUGCAGAAAAAGGGAGAGAGUAUAUGGAAUUACUGCAAAAGGAGAUAGAAGAGAAGCUUGAAUUAGACUCAAGUUCCUCUCUUACAAUGUCGCAGCUUGCAGAUAAAAUUGAUGACCUUGUACAAAGAGUUGUUAACAUGGAAACUGCAGUCUUUUCUGAGAAUGCUUCGGUAAAAAGAUUGAAAUCGGAUGCCGAUGAGCUUCAAGAACACGUUAAGAGCCUCGAAGAAGAUGAGGAAGUGCUAGCUGAAGGCUCGGACAGCAUGGAACAGAGGAUUAGUGUGUUGGAGGGGGAACUGAGUGGGGUUAAAGAGCUUCUAAAAACUAUUAUAGAACAAAAUAACAGCCUCAAAGCUCAUUUCACUGCAGCAAGUUGUGAUAUCAAUCAUUUAUCAGUGAAUUUACAUGCUGUGAAGAUGGAUGAGGAGGUCGAGAAUGCCGAACUGUCCGAAGAAGGAAAGCCCAAGGUGGAUGCCAAACCAAAUAGGAAAACCAAAGAAUAUUGUAUCGAGUUGGUUCCUAGGGAUAGUCCAGCCUUAGGCACUGAGAGUGAAAUGGAAGAGAAGGAUGAAGACUUCUCAGCUGAAGGAAUAGACACUGUUAACUCUGAAUCAAGAAAUAAGUUUGAUGUUGAUUCGACAAAGGAUUCAGAAGUGAUAAAUGAAUUCAAAGAUGAGAAGAAAUCUUUGUCCAAAACAGCAAGCUGUACCACUGAUACAGAGAAUCCAAAAGUAGAGACCGAAGAAGAAGAGCUACCAAACUGGAGGAAGCUGUACUUGAGUGGAUUGGAUGAGAGGGAAAAGGUUUUACUCGAUGAGUACUCUUCAGUUCUUCAUAAUUAUAAGGAUGUAAGAAAGAAGCUUAAAGAAGUAGAUCAGAAAAACCGAGACAGUUUCUACGAAUUGGCAUCUCAGAUCAAGGAACUGAAGAGUGCUCUCGCAGCCAGAGAUGAAGAGAUUCAAUCUUCACGCCAACACUUGAGCUUUAUCGACGAAAAUAAGAAUGGGAACUUGUCAGAAUAUGAAGCAUCCCAUGCAAUCAUGAGCCCGGAAUCUACAUUGACAGGGUCUAUUCCGGCAUCACCUGUAGCAGCAGGUGAGGGGAAAGGUGAAUCCAUUGAAAAUCCAGGUGAGGGGAAACGUAAAUCCACUGCAAAAGCAGGUGAGGGGAAGGGUGAAUCCAUUGAAAAUCCAGGUGAGGGAGAAGGUGAAUCCAUUAAAAAGGCAGGUGAGAAAAGUAAAGGAGAUGCUAUGCAGCCAAGAAGUUUAACUCGAUCUCGUUCUAUUUUAACCGUAGAAGAUAAAAUCCGGUCUGACAUCGAUGAGUUGCUUGAGGAAAAUCUGGCCUUUUGGUUGAGGUUCAGCACAUGUUUUCAUCAGAUACAGAAAUAUCAAAAUUCAGUUAAGGACUUGAAAGCUGAGUUAUCAAAAAUGAGAGAAAGAAAGAAGCAAGAAGCAGGAAAGGAAGAGCCUGUCGGAUCAGAGGCACGCCCCAUUUACGCUCAUUUCCGAGAAAUCAAAACUGAAUUGACACUAUGGUUGGAAAACAAUGCGGUGUUGAAAGACGAAGUGCAAUGUCGAUAUUCUUCCUUGUGCAAAAUCCAAGAAGAGAUAGAAAGGAUCAGCAAUGUAAGUGGCCAUGAAGGAGAGCCUCAGUUCAAUGGAUACCAGGCUGCAAAGUUUCAAGGUGAGAUUAUAAACAUGAAACAAGAAAACAAUAAGGUUUCCAACGAAUUAAAUGCAGGCUUCGACUGUGUAAAACAACUCAAGGAGGAAGUUGAGAAUUUGAUGGUCGAGUUAGACAAGGAAAUCGAAGCUGCAACAUCGAAAAAUCAACAAUCCGUGUCAAGAUCUCGAUCUAGAAUCCCUCUUCGGUCUUUCUUAUUCGGAAUUAAGUUAAAGAACAAAUGGCAGCAAAAGGGGCCAUCAAUGUUCGCCUGCGGGCAUCCGACAUUGCAGAGACAAUAUAGUUACCUUACAGAUCCUACUGAUCCUUCAUGAUAGACUGUAAUUUUCUCAAGACACUGUUGGGAAGAUUUCUCGUUUCUUUUUCUAACAGGCAAGUAUGCACCAGCAGAUCCAUCGUCAAUUUCCUCUGAAUGUUUCAGCAGAAAAUGGAACACUAAUGUUCAUCCCUCGCGACGAGCAAGUCGGAUUCAAGCUCUCCAAAGACGCUUGAAAUGUCCGUGAUUUAGGCAAAUUGGCUGCGAACAGAGCCCUCUACCGUCAUGGUUUGCUAAACUAAACCGGAAGCACAAAGUGCCUAACAAGAAGAAACAUCUUAGGUAACUCUGGCUUGGGAUAAAAGUAAGCAAUAGGAUAAAUCAGUUCUAAAGAGAGUUAGUUGUUCAUAAUGAUAGAUGUAAACCUUUAUUUUAUUUUAUUUUUUGUUUUGGUAAUUACAUAUAUUCAAUAUGUAUUCAAAUUGCAUUCAAUACAUAAAUUUUUAGUAUAUAUUUUAUUUUUAAUUUGUGAAAA